AUGAGGAAUGCUGUCUUCAGCCUCGCAGCCAUCAGCCUCACAGCUCUGUUGGCUCUGUGGCUCAUCUUUGACCCCUUCCACACAGACUGGACUGUGCCAGCCUUCCACUUCUCCGUAACCCACACCGUUCUCUUCCAGUUCAAGAAGGACGCAGAACCACAAGCCAUCCGAAAUGCAUGUAACCAGAUGAUGGGCCUCAGCAGUGCCUGUGUCAACCCUUCCACGCUCAAGCCAUACAUCAAGUCACUCAAGGGUGGCAAGGACAACUCUCCUGAGGGUCUCCAGCACGGUGCGACCCAUGGCUUUGUGGUUGAGUUUGCCAGCACCCAAGACCGUGACUACUAUGUCAGCCAGGACCCCGCCCAUGAGAAGGUCAAGAAGACCAUGGCCUCGCUGGUCGAGAAUGUUGUUGUGGUGGAUUGGGAAAAUGGCCAGUUCUGA